CAUCGAGUCACAUUGAGGGCGAUACAACGCUCGCUCCAUCCCGUCAGCCGUUACCCGACAUGACUCUCAAGCUUGUCAGCCUGGGCUCCUCAUAUGCAUCGGGGCCGGGCAUCCCCCCAGUGGUCGACAAGGCCGCGCGACGUUCGGGCUCCAACUAUGCCCACGUCCUUGCCUCGCGCCUCGGAGCCAGUCUUACCGACUUGAGCGUAUCAGCUGCGACCCUUGACAACAUAACACACGACGCGCAGGUGUCUCGCGGCAAGACUUUUCCCCCGCAAAUCGAAGGCGUGCCUGUUGAUGCCGACAUCAUCAUGUUGCUGGGUGGCGGCAACGACAUGGGGUAUGUCCUGCCGCUCUUCAUCGAGUGCUUUACGGCCCACCUAUCCACGAGGUUGCUUUGGCGGCUAGCGAGCUUUUUUAAGAAGACCCCCAAACCACAGUCGCUCGAUGAGCAUGCCGUUACGGAGAGAUACGAAAGGACUCUAGAUGCCAUUCACGACCGCGCGCCCAAUGCCCACAUCAUCGUUGUCGAAUACCUCACAGUCUUGAGCAACGGCGUCAACGAAACGGGUUUGCCCCUGCGGCCUGAGCGGCUGGACCACUAUCGCGACAUUGCGGCGGCUCUGCAGCGAGCAACGGCAAACGCAGCUGACCAGCCCCUACGCAAAGAUUGGUGCACGCGCGUGCACGUCGCAAAGGCGAGCGAGGCUCACGGGCUGGGUACGAGCCAACCUUGGAUGCGUGGCUUCUCGCGGCGACUGUUUUGCAAGAUUGGGGGAGGCGUCCUGCAUCCAAACAAGGAGGGGAUGGCUGCUGUUGCGGAUCUGAUAUCCGAGCAUGUCCACAAUCUGCCCGAUGCAGCAGUGAAACAGAAGCUGCACGACAGCGGUGCGUAACGAUUGUUCUGAAGACAUCAACGCACGAUCACGUGGCACGAUCCCCGCAAGCAAGAGGGCGGGAGAGACGGUCCCACGAACGCUUCUUGCAACGCAGACGUACCGACAGUGUCACGCUAUAUUGAACAGGCUUCAGGAUUCUAUUCGAUGGUCAACGGCGACUAACGUGGCGAUACGGUCGAUGUGUUCAAGGUUGGCAUUCGUGGCCAUACAUUCCAAGCCUCAUUCACUCGGACAGCUGAUGCAGGUCGGGACUCCAUUCUGUGCCACACCACGGAAGGGACCCAACAGCGGAUGGGAUCAUCCUAUCGGUCACUCCCCAUGCUUGCACAACGAUGGCCCACACCGGCAGCAUGGAAUACGAUGUCGGGGGGGCUCGGGAGGCUGCCGGUGCGACAUGACGGUACGACAACGCGGCAGAGCCACGCAUUCAGCAAGUACCGGCGAUGGAUAUAAUUGCGGCAGUGACGACGAGUGCCGUACUUAUAUAAUAGCCUUACGACAGAGGGUACCUACUAUCUACUAAAAGCCCAAUACGUACCUCUAGUGGUGUUGCAAUUGGGCGGAGGGCGGCACCGGCUACGGGGGGAAAGCGUGC